GAGCGCUGUGAGCUGUUUCUCUCUCUUCUUACUCCAGUGUGUGUGUUACUCCUACAUUACACACACACACACACUUAAUUUAAUCAAUAAAAUUACACUCUAUACGUUGUGGAAUAUCAUGUCAGACACGGAGACGAAACCAUCUGGGGAUGGAGCAGAGAAGAAGGAUGGAGAGUACAUUAAACUCAAAGUGAUUGGCCAGGACAACAGUGAAAUUCACUUUAAGGUGAAAAUGACGACGCAUCUAAAGAAGCUGAAGGAGUCGUACAGUCAGAGACAGGGCGUCCCCAUGAACUCUCUACGGUUUCUCUUCGAAGGACAGAGAAUCGCAGAUAACCAGACUCCAAAAGAGUUGGGGAUGGAGGACGAGGACGUGAUCGAGGUGUAUCAGGAACAGACCGGCGGCUACUGGAACGACUAGACCUUUACUUCAUCUCCUUUCUUUUUAAAUCUUAAUUUUUGUAUGUAUGAUUUUCUUUCUGUUUCCUUUUGUGCUUCUUUCAGAAGGAAAUGGGAAAAAAAUAAGAAGAAAACCGUCUGGAUCAAAGCGAUACUCCGGAUACUCCGCUGAUGAGAGUGAGAGACAGGGUUCGAGGAGGAAAGAAUAAGGAAAAACAUAACCUGUUUCCAAACCUUCCUCUUGAUCUCUUUCGCUCUUUGAACACUCGGAGUCUGGAUGAGUGUGUGCUGCUGAGCUUCAGAGCAGCUCGUCAAAUUCCCGUAGUGAAUUUAUCCCCAUCGUUGACGCUUAAUUUCUGCAGGAUUAGACGCCAAAAUGUUCAAGUCUAUUCCUAUGUAAUUAUUGUCGGAUGAUGAAACGUGUGCCGUGUUUUCCUCGUACGUGACAACAGAGCAACAGCUUCAUAUCUUAACUGUGUGGUGCAUGAUUCUUUUCCCCCCAUCUCCAUUCAGAUAUCUGCUCCCCUGUUUAUAGAAAGCAUAAUGCAAUAAGGCCCUGUUUUAUGACUCAAGAAUGAUAUCUAAUCAACACUCAGGGGCGACCUUUAACUUUCACCAUGCAGAAAUAAUUCCACUGAUGUCGAUCUCUCUCUCUCUCUCUCUCAUACACACGUGGUGAUGAUUUAUGUCACUGCACGUGUAGCUUUUCUUUGUCCACUUCUUAGCUUUCAUUAUCAUUGAUGAACUGGAGAGGAUUUGAUCCAGAUGGUUUAUGAACAUAAAGAUUAUUAUUUUGCUUUUGUCUUGUUUUUUAAAAUAAAAUGUGUCAAAUAA